UCCAUUUUUCUCCAGUUUGAAAAAUCCCAAAAGCCGGCUUUUUUUCGUUCAAGUUUCUUUCUUUCGAAGCGAAAACGAAGAAAGCAUUCAUGGUGAAAGGAGGGCAAAACUUACCGGCUGACGUCAUCCAAGUAAUCGAUCAGCUAGAGCGCCAUUGCUUAGCCCCCGAUGGAUCUCUCGUCUCCAAAUCCGCCUAUUACGAUCUCCAACUGGCGAGGGAGGAGAUGUCGAGAGAAAGAUUACGUUACUUAGAAGCAAUGGCAAUUUACUGUGAAGCAAUAGCUAUGGUGGAAGAGUAUCAGCAAGCGAUUUCCGUGGCAAAUCUCGGAGGGAUUCGAGACCUUCAAGGUCUUUAUCCACAGCUUGGAUUGAAGAACUCUCCUCAGGUUUAUGAGACUCUAGAGCACCGAUUGGUUGUUGCUGAAGCGGCUCAAAGAUUGAGACUUCCACUUAUAUCUAACGAUGGGGAAAUUCAUGAGGAAGAAAUUGAAAAAUGGAGUAUAAUGUCACGGAGUUCACUCGAUAGUACCAGUACCAGUCUCACUAUCAGCUCAAGUUCAAACUCAGUUAAUUAUGCGAAUAGUGCUGCAGCUGCGAAUAAUGCUGGUGAUUUGGGGGAACCUGGUGUUGGUGUGCCUAGUCGCUUUCUUGGAAUAACACCUGCUUAUUUGUGGCAAACUCAGCUUCAAAGGGUGCCAUUGUCAAUGGAUAUGGCUGACUAUCAGUUAGCUCUUUCAAGGGAGAUUGAUGUUCGUUUGAAAUCUAAAUGUGACAAGUUAGCAGAUGCCUUCGUUGAUGAUAUUGACUCAUCUUCUGGAAGUCAAAGUUCAAGUUCUCGCCUUCCAGAAAGGGUUAAGUUGAUAAUUGAGGAGAUUGAAAGGGAAGAAGCCGCUUUGCGGGAGGAUCUCUAUUCGGCAGAUAGGAAAUUUGCUGAAUAUUACAAUGUCCUAGAGCAGAUACUUGGAGUGCUUAUUAAGCUUGUCAAAGAUUUGAAGUUGCAACAUCAACAUAAAUAUGAUGAAUUACAGAAGACGUGGCUCUGCAAAAGAUGUGAGACCAUGAAUGCAAAAUUAAGGGUUUUGGAGCAUGUUCUCUUGCUUGAAACUUAUACUCAGGAGUCGAUACCAGCAUUACAUAAAAUAAGGAAAUAUCUCCUCGAGGCUACGGAAGAAGCUUCUGCUGCAUAUAAUAAAGCAGUGACACGUCUACGUGAGUAUCAAGGUGUCGAUCCUCACUUCGAUACUAUUGCAAGGCAGUACCAUGAAAUCGUGAAGAAACUGGAAAAUAUGCAAUGGACAAUCCACCAAGUCGAGAUGGACCUCAAGCGCUUACCAGACCACGCAAGCACAUAACUUCCAGAUCCCAUUUCCUCUUACCUGUGAACAUUUCUGUAUUGACCCUUUUGUUGUACAAUAGGUACUCAAUACACAACGAAUUUCGAUCACCGACCUAUAGCUUGUUGUGUACCAUAGCUAAAAUGUUCGUGUUCCCUCUUCAGAGGGAUCACUCGUUUGAUUUUGCAUUGAAAGCUUUUUGUACAGCCAAUGAUUGUUAAUGAAACAAUGAUGCUUUUGUCAUAAACAGCUGGUGGUGGGAGCUUUACCCCCCUUGAGUACUAGGUAGAAUGGCGGCAGCAUCCCCUUUGAAAGCAGCUUGAGACGCGCACACGGAGCCGACACACUUUGACUUAAGAAGCAAGUCAUGUGGCUCUUUCACUCCCUUCUUUUUCUUAGGAACAACGAUUAAGACAUGCUUCUGGGCAUGUUCAUGAUAUCUAGUUCAUCAAUCUGGCCCUACUGGGUAAUUAUCAUACCUAAUUUUCACAUGACAAACCUCUUUAAUAUGUUAAAAAUAUUCGCAAUAAAUGUUAUGAUAAAUUUUAAUUAUCUCACGUGAAUAUCGCGGUUUAUAUUAAGCAGUAAAGAAUUAUUUA